AGUAAGAGUGGAUUUACUUUUCCCUCUACAGUUUGACAAGGAGAGUCUCUGUGUACCGUAGUCACUGGAUCGCUAGAAAGUGAAAAAAAAAAAGUUUCGAGCCUGGGGCUUCCGCAUUCAGCGCCAUAGCUGAAGUCUGGAAAAAGGGGACAAGCUCGUAUCACACUUCAUAAUCAGGCAGCAUCCUGGUGCGAACGGAGCAGGAGCGGAACAUAGAAGACAGCGCUUUUCAUCAACUUUUCUCAACAAACGAAAGGCGGUGGAGAGCAACGAGAACACUACAUUUGGAUUCACACCUUGAGUAACCGGGAAGAGGACUGCUCUGUUAUUCAAGGAUCUAGCACGCGGGUGAUCGCAAAUAUUAUUUUUUUGAUCCUCAAGAGCGAGAGAUUCUAGAACCCGACCUUCGUACGCACUGUAUUAGCGCGGGUACAUUAGCGGCGCUUUUCUGCUUCUGACUUGAACGCAUUUUCACAUGUGAAAUAAUUUCUGUAUAGCUGUAUAUUUAUACUGCAUCGUAAUUACUGUUCGUUAGCGAGCGCUUAUACGUCCAGUGCAGUGCUGCAUAUUUUGCUUUAGCCCUUGAUUUUCUCAGUGUUUCUAUAACUUUUAGACUUUAAGGACUUAAAAACGGAUGGAAAACUUUAGCUAAAGUCUUGAUUUGUGUGGUUUUAAUGAAGGGUGUCGCAUGUGUAUAUAGUCAUUGUAACCAACUGACAGCAAUUCAAAGAAAUUCAAAUUACUGUUUAGUUGUUUUUAUCAAACGACUGUAAAAAUGGAUAAAUACGAUGAUCUGGGACUGGAGGCGAGCAAAUUUAUUGAAGACCUCAAUAUGUAUGAGGCAUCCAAGGAUGGAUUGUUCAGAAUGAAAAGAGAUGCGGGUAACAACCCAGACUUUGAAGAAACCAGGAGAGUCUUUGCAUCCAAAAUGACCAAAAUUCAUAUGCAAAAGCAUCAGGAGGAAAUGGCCAGAAACAGUUUGGCAGCGAGGGUGAAUGGAGGUUAUGGUGGUCACGGCAGAGCUCCAGACGGCACUUUCUACACCAAAGACCGGCCGCCUAUCAAUAACUACAGACAGACGAGCGAGGCAGCGGCCAAGCCUCCAAUAUUGGCUGGCCCCACGUCCAGCACCGUCAAUGCAAAUCAAUACAUCUCUUAUGAAGGACAAAAACUGCAUCGAGCCGCCCAACACGAAGUUCCAGGCAGCAGAGGGUACAGCUACGGAAACAAUUACGAUAAUAAGGAGGGUUUGGAUCAGCAUUCUUACCACGCCUCAUCGCCCAUAAGCCCUGGGCCUUCAUCCUACAGUCCGGUGUCCAUGCCCACACCCCCGAGUCCGUCAGCUGGCUGGGGCCCCUCUCAGAGUGGCCUCCCACCAGCCCAGCAGCAGCAGCGACAGGCUUCACCUGUGGAGCACAGACCAGGCGGGCCUGGCCAGAGAGCUGCCCCUGUCAUCAACAGUCUGCCAUCCACCGCACUCCACUCACCAGGCUCCCCUGCGUUUAACCAGGCCCAGGUGGUAGCACCUUCAGCUCAUCAGAGCCCACCCUCUUUUGCCCUGGACCCAGCCCAGGCUCGGGGCGGGGAGACUUUGGGCAUAGGGAGGCUGGAUGGUACUGUGGACCCGUUCUGCCACCCGCCACCUCCUCAGCUGACCCCAGCAUCCCCCCAGGCUACACAAUAUUCUCCCCCCAACACUGCCAGCAGAACCGCUAGAGAAGGGCCCGGCAAGCAGAACGGAGUUCCUCAGAGCCCAGUGGCAGCUCCACUCCCUCAGGUGGACCAGCCAUCACCCGGCCUGCCCCCGGCUCCCUCCGACCCUCCUCAGCCGGCAGCCUUCGGCGCAGACCCCUGCCUCCCCGUCUCUGGCCCCGGCGUGGCUUCAAAAAGCCACAGCCAGAGCCAGGGUCAGGGUCAUGGUCAGGGUCCAAGCAGCCAGGUGGCCGCGGCCCCGCCUGCUCCUCCCGCCGGGGAGAGCCAGCCGUCCCCCCCGCCGCAGGUGUCUGCUGGCGUGCUCCCCCCACAGGAAGCCUCCUGCCCUCCCAGAGCGCUCAAGCUGCCCUGCCAGACUCUCCAUAUACAGCCAGAACAGGGGACGUCGGCAGCCGAAAUAAAAUUAGAAGCGCUCACGAAGCGUCUGGAAAAGGAGAUGGAUUCUCAGCCAAAGGCCGACUACUUUGGUAGCUGUGUGAAGUGUAACAAGGCAGUGUACGGUGCCAGCCAGGCAUGCCAGGCAAUGGGAAGCCUCUAUCACGACAGCUGCUUCACCUGCAGUGCCUGCAGUCGACGGCUGCGGGGGAAGGCGUUCUACUAUGUCUGUGGAAAGGUGUUCUGUGAAGAGGACUUCCUGUACUCCGGUUUCCAGCAGUCAGCGGACAAGUGCAACGUUUGCGGACAUCUAAUAAUGGACAUGAUCCUGCAGGCACUGGGGAAAUCCUACCAUCCUGGCUGCUUCCGCUGUGUGGUCUGCAAUGAGAGUCUGGAUGGAGUUCCCUUCACUGUGGACACUGAGAACAAGAUCUACUGCGUGAGGGACUACCACAAAGCAAGGGUCCUGGCACCCAAAUGCGCCGCAUGCAACCAGCCGAUCCUGCCUUCUGAGGGCUCCGAUGAAACGAUCAGGGUGGUGUCCAUGGAUAAGGAUUACCAUGUGGAGUGCUAUCACUGUGAGGAUUGUCACAUGGAGCUGAAUGAUGAGGAGGGACAUCGCUGCUACCCACUGGAUGGGCACCUGUUAUGCCACACCUGCCACCUAAAACAUAUUGAGCCUGGUUGCUCCUCACCCACAGCUGCAAUCUACCAGCAUCAGUUCUAGAGGCCUGGUGCCACCUGGUGGCUCUUAGGAGACACUACCAUUUUCCCCCUUUACUUGCUGCCAAAGCUGACAUUCAUCAGAAUGUCAUCCAGUGUCUUGUGGAUGAUAUCAGAGCAAAGUGACGGAUUUUAAACCUCUGGUGUUGCUGGGGGCCAAAGUGAAAAAGAAAACAAAAUGGAAAAAAGACUACAAGAGAGCAUGGAUGCAACAAUGGAUUGGUGCAAGUUCAUGGAUAUUAUUCCCUUUUAAAAACAUUUUAGGAUUUGACAACAGGGAGUAUGGUAGGGUGUAGGUAUACAUAAGUGAUUUCCAUUGUAGAAGCCAGCAAAUCUGAAAGUGUGGGAUCUGUGUGUGUGUGUGUGUGUGUGUGUGUGUGUGUGUGUGUGUGUAUCGCUCUUGAUGAAACAUUAAGUAAGGUGAACUAGAUGACUGGAACUCCAAUCCAAGUUUUGCAGUGUGCUUAUGAGCUCAAAUGAGAUCUGAAGGAGGGUUCUCAAUGUCUUUAUGACAGAAGUGUUGCAACUAUCAUAAUACUUGUGUGGAAUUCAUACAAUCUCACCACUGUGCCUACAGUGCCAGGCAGUAGCAGAAGCUUGCUUAUAAAUGCCUUAGGUAUGGUAGUUGGUCACAAUUCCCUAAUUCAUCUUGGACUGAUCACUGGCGCAGCCAUAUACCCUGGUUGAGAACAGAAAUGAAACAGCGGAUUCAUUUCAGCCCUUCUCAUUUGGUACCUGGUUUUUUGGAGUGCUGACAGAUUGAAUGCACAGACGUUUUGCUUGAUCUGUUCUAAUUUUGCAUCCUUAAUGUUAGUGGAUAUCAUGGUGAUGGGCAUUUAUAGCCUAUUACACAUAGUGUGGAUUUUCUUAAGUGUGGUGUGCUUUUGUUACAGGCCCCAACUGUCCCUAAUGGCAUUGUUUCAAAGUACGUUUAUAUAAGACCUUAUUAUAUUGAAGUACUCUGUGUGUGUUUGAGGGAGAGUGUGUGAAAGAGUGUGCACUUGGCCUUCUAUUUGGUCGUAUUUGUUUUUAAUGACUUUGAAUGCUAUGUAUCCUGUUUAUUACACAGUGUGUAAGAGUGGUAAAGGUAUGAAGAAUAUUCCAGGUAAUGUUAUCUAUGAGAACAAACACAAACAACCCCCUUGGUGUUGGAACACUGUCCCAAUGACAGUGAGUCAGUGUUUUUCUCUUACUUGGACCAGCUAUUGUAUUUAUUUCUGUAAGUCCCAAUUCAAAAUAUUUCAGCUUAUUUUUGCUAUUAAUCAAUACAAUUCUAUACAACAGCAAUCCU